UUUCACUUAAAUUGCAAUGUCGUCACCUACGUCAACAUUUGACUGCCCGUCACGACGUGGGUUGUACCUACGCCGUUGUAAGGACCAGUCGGUCUCAACUGUACAGCCAGCAACAUGGCUCGUCUCCUGCUCCUCGCCAUCUUAACAGUUCUUUCAACACUGGCAGCAUGCAAUACUGACUGUUACACCAAGCAAGGGGGAACAGCAGUCUACAGUGGUACAACAUCUGUAACCGGUAGCGGAAAAACAUGUCAGUCCUGGUCCGUCAUGACCCCGAACAAUCACGCCUUCUUCCGCGACUACUUCGACAUCACCAACGGUGCACCAAACCUCGGCUACGCUGGCGCCGCUAACUACUGCCGUGACCCUUCUGGAGGCAGCAUUCUGCCAUCCGGUUAUCUGUGGUGCUACCUAGCCUAUGAGCAGGGAUGGGAACAAUGCGCGAUUCAUAAGUGUACAUAAGUAUCCAUAAGUGAAUAUUGUUUGAUUAUAAAUCUAAAUUGACAAAA